AUGGAUGCCAGAUUGUUUAUACUGCCUUUCCUCAUAGCUCUGGAUGGCAGUGAGAGUUGUUCUUAUCCAAACUAUAUCCAGAACGUAACAUGGAUAGACAGCACCAAGGGUCGUGUGGUGUACGGCGACACGAAGAUGACUGGGUGGGCCUUCACUGCCUUUAAUCAGCUGAUUUCGGACUGGGAGUGCUACAUGAAAGACGAUCAUUUCAUCGUGUCAAGGUCAACAACAACAAUUAGAGUGUUCGGAGCGGAAGUACAUGCCUACCUCUGUCAAAAGCUGAGUCUGAUUGGAGAAAAUGCAUUAUAUUACUACCCAAUGACAGAUAAAGAAGAAAAUGCCGAGAAGGAAAGAGUGCACGUGACUGCGGCCCGCGUGUCUGAAGUCUGUACUGUUUGUAAUCCUAAAUCUUCUCCAGCCGAUGAGGAAUUUCGAGUUCUAGUCAGGGAAGGUGCUGAUGUCGACCCCGAUUUAGCCGAGUCCCCCGUUGUUGGAUGUAAUCCUUGUGUUCUUCAGUGUGGGUUACCAGGGUCCCCGCCCAUCCCUACCACAACAACGCAUACACCAAUCCAUACGUCAAUUACGAAAAAGAAAAAGAAGCCUUCAGUCAAAACCACAAAGAAAGCUGAAGGCAAAAUAAAACAAAAAUCCAGUGCUGGAGUCGUCGUUGGAAUUGUGAUUUUGUCUUUAGCCAUAGUAUCUAUUGCUGUAGGAGCUACAGUAUGGUACUUCCGCUUUAGAAAAUAAAAGAUAAAAUCAU